AACGUUCCACUAACACAAAUUGACUUUCUUUAACAAAGCAACGAGGUGGUGGCUCGUCACCAUGAAGGAACAUCUCCUGAACUGUCUUAUGUGAAACCAUCGCUCUCUUGACUGCACCAUUGGCCAUCUUACCAGUCUUCAAACUUCAGAAGUAGGAGCAAGUGCCAUAUACACCCGGAUUUAAUAUCUUGUAGUGUAGAAGCAAACAUAUACAAGAGACAUUCCAUCAACUUUCUUGAUCUGCACGAAGAAAGUGUGAACUAGCCGUACAUGGAGCUUCAUUUAUCAACGAAAAAAGGUACUUGAGGUUGGUGUUCUGGCCUGGUCAUUGGCCACAGCUCUAGUUCCUUUUCUUGCUGGGUACAUGCCUGGACUGGUUGCUUCCAGGAUUUUGGUUGGUAUGGGAGAAGGUGUUUCACCAUCAGCUGCUACCGAUUUGAUUGCCAGGUCAAUACCACUGGAAGAACGCUCACGGGCAGUAUCAUUUGUUUUUGGAGGCUUGAGUUUUGGAAGUGUUAUGGGGCUUCUUUUGGCUCCUCCAUUAAUCCAAAGUUAUGGAUGGGAGUCUGUGUUUAUCAUAUUUGGCUUCCUUGGCAUAGCCUGGUUCUUGGCAUUUCAGUUUGUUAAGGAUGGUGAACCUUCAGCAGGUGGUGCAUCAACAUCAGGGCAUCUAUUCUUUUCCGAAAAGAAUUCAUGGAUUGGGUCCUUGGAAGAAUUGGAAGGAUCACUGAAGGAUGUCCCUUGGAAGGCCUUUUUCAAGAGUAAAGCUGUGUGGGCCAUGAUAUAUGCUCACUUUUGUGGAAGUUGGGGUCACUAUACUUGUUUAUCCUGGCUUCCAACUUAUUUCAGUGAGGAGCUCAGUCUUAAUCUGACAGAAGCUGCAUGGGUUUCAGUCCUUCCUCCAUUAGCUUCAAUUUUUGUCACCAGCAUAGCUGCUCAACUGGCUGACUACUUAAUUACCAAAGGGGUUGACACCACCAGGGUGCGCAAAACUUGCCAAACAAUUUCUUUCCUCUCUCCCGCUUCUUGUAUGAUUCUUUCCUCUUUGGAUUUGGGAUUGCCUCCAUGGGAGGUUGUAACAAUUCUCACUGGAGGUUUGGCGCUUUCAAGUUUUGCAUUAUCAGGUUUAUACUGUACCCAUCAAGAUAUUUCACCCGAGUAUGCAAGCAUACUUUUGGGUAUCACAAACACAGUUGGGGCAGUACCUGGAAUUGUUGGUGUUGCUUUGACGGGUUAUCUACUUGAUUCCACUCACUCAUGGAGUAUGUCAUUGUUUGCUCCAUCGAUAUUCUUCUACCUCACGGGUACAGUUGUGUGGUUAACAUUUGCGAGCAGCAAACCACAAACUUUCUCAAAGAGAGAUUGACUCUUAUCACUCAGUGCUAGAGGUGAUCGGUAACUCUUGAUUACUGACAUCACAUUAACAAUUUUGGGAGGACGAUUUAUGCUGAUAAUAACAUUUUCUGCUGUACAAACAUAAUUAUAGGCUUUUCAGAUUUUCCUUUCAAGGUUGAUAUAUUUUGUAAACAUAUAGUACCGGUAAAUCUUGUACAUGUCCUUCGCUAUAAUUAGUUGUGUUUUGCAUGUACAAGUUCCUUAUUCUAUUGAAACUUAUUCUGCUCUCUCUCUCUCA